AUGGAAGAUUUUGUUUCAAAUAAACUAAAUGAGUGGGCUCAAAAUAUCGAUCAGUUUGUAUUUGAUAAUUUGAGUGAUUCAGACAUAUCUUCAUUGAUUAAUAGUAUUGGCGACUUCCGAAAAUUUUCCAUACUAUAUAAUAAUUAUAAAUUAUCCACAAAUAAUCCUGAGCCUGACAUUCAUGUGCUUAAAAAAUUACCUCAUUCCCAAGAUCCGUCUAUCAAUGUUGUUGAUGUACUGAAUGCUCCAAUUAUAAUUAAAGAUGCAGAGGUUAUUCACGAUCAACCAAAUAUACAAAUAAUCAGUGCAGUUACAAGUAGAAAAUUAAAUUUUAUACAACAAAAAGAGUAUUUGGCUAGACUACUAAAUACUCCAACUAAAGAUAUAAUCGAAAGCGAUAUUCGUGGAGUCGCUGCUCUUAAAUUAAACGAUAAGCAAAAAACGUUUCGAAACAAUAUUGCUCAUAUAAUUUUAGAUAAAGUUCUGGAUGUUGAUCCAUCGUUCAAGAUACCCAGAGAGUUGUUUGCCAAAUGGGCGACUGAAUUAAGUGUUAUUAUCCCAACUGAUUUGCCUCAAGUUUAUUAUUUUGAAUCGUCAGUGAAUGAAAAGGGUCAACCUUCAUCGGCUGGUGGCGUAUUGUAUAAUACGUGGAUGAGUAAGCGCAGAAAAUUGAAAAAGGCUGGUAUGAUUGUUGAUGCAAAAUUAAAACAACCUACUGAACAAGAAAUAACUUCUGCAAGUCCCGAUGUAGAAGAAGAUUUAACUUGGCUUCGCAAUUGCACAGGACCUUUGAAAGAUGUCAUCGCAAAAUGGAAACAUACCCAUAAACAUCGAUUAAAUGACUUUAGAACGAUAUCGAUAUCGAGUUAUUUAGAAAAAUUUUUAUUCCUCCGAGGACCACAGGGUUAUUCAUUAAUUGAAAUUGACUUCAAUGAGAUUUAUAAGGAACGUUCUAAUCAUUUCCUAAGCAAGUGGCCUAAAGUCUCUUCAAAAAUUAUCUCCUUAGCAAGAAAAAGAUUUGACUCAAAUUUUAAUGUUUUAGAAUUAUUAAAAAAACACGUGAAAAAUCAAGAUACUGAUAAUAGUGAAGUGAUAGCCUUAUUGCUACUACCUUUUUUUCUUGGGACAAGAAAUUUAAAACGAAACUCCAAGGGUCAUCCUAGACGAUCCUCGUCAGCAGAAAGCCAACAUCAUUUCAUUUUGCAUGUUGAAUCGAAUGAUUUGAUCGAUGAUGAACUUGAACUUCGACAGAAACAACUAAAAAAUCUUGGAGAGAGUAAUCAGCCAUUCGUCGUAUUAGUAGGAACGCUAUCGAGACUUUCAUCAUGCCAAGUUCGAAUAGAAGAUACUACGUACAUUCUUCCUAAUGCAACAAAAGCAGUUGAUAUUUGUUUUAAAUCAUUUACAGCAUUAGAUGCUAAAUAUCCUGAAUUUUGUAAAUGUAUAUGGUCAUUUAUUGAUAAAACUAUUUACAAGUGUAUUGAAGAGGGAUGUGAUAGAAUGUAUGGAAAUGUAUUAACAUUUAAAAAACAUUUACGUCUUGUUCAUGAAUCAAAAUAUAAUGUAACGGUGCCUGAUGAUAUUAAUAAAAUAGAAAGUUGUCAUACUGAAAAAAAAGAAAGCAAUUCGUUGUCAAGUUAUGCUACAGUUAUAGAAAAAUUUGAUUCUGAAAAUAACGCCGAGGUAAUAAAAAAAACCUCAUCAGCUUCACAAAGUUUAAGCUACAGUAAUUUUGCGAGUACAAAUAAUAAUGUUCAAAAUUUUCGAAAUAACAUUUUUUCCAAUAAACAUUUUCCGAAUGAAAAGAGAGAAUCGUUACAAACUAAUGAUAAAAAGACAGAAGCUAACAAGACAUUCAACUUCAAUACUGAGUCCAAUAGAUCUGCAACAAAUAAGCUUACAACCGAUCUUACUGAAUUUUUGUCCUAUUUAUAUACUCUAAAAAUAUCAAGAAAAGACGCAGUAUCGAUAAUUAAUAAAAUGAAUUUAUUUUUAUCACAAAGCGUUUUUCCAUAUAUCUUACAACAAGUAAAAGACGAAUUAAAUGAUGAGAAUAUUUCCAGAAAAUUUGAAAUCAUAUUGAAGAGAAUGAAUUUUCUAGAGGAUUUUAAAAGUGAUGAACGAUGUCUACAGUUUUUAGAAGAUAAUGAUGCAUAUAAUUCUCCUUCAGAAGGUGUCUUAGGCUACGCACAGCUACCAGAGAAAGCAAACAAUGAUAUCAUUAUGGUACCUAAAGCUAUUACGUUUGAAUUUAUCUCACCAACAGAGACGCUGAGCUAUUUGUUUGAAAAGCCUGAUUUUUAUAAUUUAAUAAUGUCAUACACUAAUGAGUUAAAUAAUGAAACAGAUGCUUUAUAUAACAUUAUGCAAGCUGAGCUCUGGAAAAGUAAUGCUUCGUCACGAUUAGGACAAAUAGUUUUGCCGUUAUUGGUAUAUUUUGAUGGCUUUGACACCGGCAAUGUAUUUGGUUCCCACUGUGGCUCCAAUUCUAUCGGGGGAUUGUACUAUACACUCGCAUGUAUACCUCCACAGUAUCGCUCUCAAUUAAAUUUUAUUUUUAUUGGUCAGCUGAUUUAUGAUCAAGAUCGGAAAAUUUUUGGUAAUGAUGCUACUUUUGGACGAAUAAUAGAAGAAUUUAAGCAGUUAAGAACUAAAGGAAUAAAUAUUCAAGUCAAUAAUAUGAUAAAAACUAUAUAUUUUGAAGUUAUUUUGAUAACUGGGGAUAAUUUAGGACUAAAUGGAAUUUUGGGCUUUGUUGAAAGUUUCGGUGUUUCAAAAUAUUAUUGUCGCUUUUGUAAAAUGUCAAGAACUACAUGUGAAGAGCAGUUUGUUGAAGAUGAGAAUCUCAUUCGUAAUAAAAAACAAUACGAUAGUGAUCUAAUUAUUAAUAAUAUUUCAUUGACUGGAAUAAAAGAAAAAAGUGUCUGGAAUAAGUUGCACAAUUUUCACGUAACAACUAAUUCUGCAGUUGACAUCAGUCAUGAUAUGUUUGAAGGUGUAUGUAUUGAUACGUUAAAAAUGAUUCUUCAUCAUUUUAUUUUUAAAGAACAAUUGUUUGAUGUUGAUACUUUAAAUAGGCGCAUUACUUUAUUCGAUUAUGGCAUUUCAGAAAAAUCCAGUAAACCUCCAAAUAUUACUACUGAUUCAACAUCUGAGUUUAAGUUGAAAAUUAAAAUGUCAGCUUCAGAAAUGACUUGUUUUGUACGAUACUUAGGAUUAAUGAUCGGUGACUUAGUUCCUCGUAACCACAAAGUUUGGGACGUUUGGAUCCAACUUAGAUAUAUUAUAUCUAUGAUUACUUCUCCUGUUGUUUAUCAAUCGAUGAUAAUUAAAUUAAAAUCUUGGAUAUCAAAAUUUUUAAUCCUUCAAACUCAGACAUUUAAUUGGAAAAUAAAACCCAAAGCUCAUUUUUUGACCCAUUAUCCAAGAAUGAUGAAUUUAAUUGGCCCUUUGCCUCAUUGCUCAACCAUCAGAUGGGAAGCUUUUCAUAAAAGAUUAAAAGCUGACGCAGUGUCAACUUCAAGUAAAAAAAAUAUAACCCAUACUAUUUGUGUCAAAGAACAAUUAAGAUUCAAAGAUUUUUUCAAAGACACUGAAUACCUGAAUAUUUUGAAUUUUGGCAAGAAAUUGAAAGUUACUAAAACAUUGAAUGAUUACCUAUCUAGAACUUUUUCAGAGGCUAAAUCUAUCAACAUUUUUUCAUGGAUAGAAAUAGCUGGAACUAAAUAUUGUAACGGUAUUACUGUAAUAAUUCGUUUGAAAACUAUUGAUCAAUUACCUUUAUUUGGUAAAAUUAUACUCGUACUUGAAAUUGAUGGAGUAAUUUAUUUUCAACUGAAAUCUUUGAAAUCUACAACUUUUGAUGAACAUUACUUUGCAUAUGAAAUCUCCGCAAAUGAAUCUACAGAUAUACGUUACAUAAAAUAUGACUCAAUUCCUAUAAAGACUCCUUGUUUAAACAUUAAAAAAUUUUCGAAACAGUAUGUUGCAACGAGAUCUAUAAUUCCGGAUCUACAGAUUGUUAAACAAUCAUAA